GCUGACUCACUGACACUAGGUAUAGAUCUCGGGACGGCCGACGGAUGCAAUCAAAACGAAAAUCUCCUAAACAAAGCUCAAUGUGACGCUCACAGAUUUACAUCAACGGUCCAAAGUGCAUUUCAGAUUAGGAACUUUCACCAACUUCCAUCCUUAAGUUGGCAACCUUGUGCUGGCAUUUCAAAGACAGGAGCAUAUCAAUACACAGCUACACAAAGUGGUCAUCUCCCUUUAGAAAGAGUGUCCAGUGGGCCAGCUGCAGUACGCUGUAAAUCCACAACCACGACAAGGGACAAGCUCCGUGCAAGGAUCCGGAGCAAGCUCCCUGAUCUCAAGGAGGAGGAGCUGGAGGAGCAGUUUGUAAGGGGGUCUGGACCAGGAGGCCAGGCCACCAACAAGACCAGUAACUGUGUGGUCCUGAAACAUAUCCCAACCGGACUUGUUGUCAAGUGUCAUCAGACGAGAUCUCAGAGUGAAAACCAGAAGAUUGCCCGUCUCUUGAUGAAAGAGAGGCUGGAUCAGCAUCUCCAUGCCGACCAGAGCGCCAUCUCUCAAUACCAACAGACCAUGAACAAGAAGCGAGAGGAGAAGAAACGAAAGACGCGACUGAAACUUGAAAAGCUGAAGGCACUACGAUCGAGUGUAGAUGAUGAGGAGGAGGAGUCAAGUGGUAAUGGAAAUCAAGAUGUUACAGACAAAGAUAUGUGAGACUUCCCUUCAAUAGAGUAAAGAAAUAGAACCAUUGAAGGCUUGAUUGCAAUAAGAGAGAUUUUCAUACAAGAGGUAGAUUUUCAAACUAGCUAAGGCAUAUUUGGCAUAAUUCAUAUAAGGCAUAAUUUUAUUGUUUACUUGUCACCACAAGAUAAAUAAAAUUAAAUAAGAUAGCCAAAAUUUAUUCUUUUAUGAGAAAGUUAUGAAUUUGAAAGUUAUGAUCACAAUAGGUAUGGACUCUUCAAAUUGGCUAAAUGGGUAAUGUCUCUGUGAUGUAGUUAGUAGCAGACAACGUUCCCGUUUGUUCCAACACAAAUAUAUGAUUUAGGAAGGUCUUAUCGUUUUAGAGGACCUAUAAUGAAUAAUAUAUUUUUAUUAGUGCCUCAAGGGAGAAGGCACUGUACACGGCAAACAGGAGAGUUAUCCGCGACUAUUUUACAAUGCACUGACCAAACUGCCAGUUUGAGAUUUGCACAGACUUGCUGAUCUCAUAUUUCAGACAGCCAUAACUUUCUUAUUAUUGGUCUGAUUUAUUUCAAAACUUUGCCAUUCAGUUUAUCUUAUUUUUCUGCUUUCAAAGAAAUGAAAUUAUUACUAGGGUUGGAUUGUCCUUUAAUUGUCCUGUUAUUGUCCUGUAAUCAACAUAGGAGGGAGCUAUUGCAUUUGUAAUAUGUAGUUACGUAUUAGUUUUUUCAUAUGACUCUGUAUUUGUUGAUGGCUUAGAGAAAAGUAUGGACAAUGGUAUUUUCUCAUCUUAUGAUGACUCUGAUAACACUUGUAGCGUUUUGACCCUAUUUGAAAAUUGCUGGGUAUGCUCGUCUUUAAAGGUUCUAGGCAAAACACAAUUGACAUUGGCUUGCCCGUUCUGCUGCAUAUGAAUGAGAUUAUUUGUAUUUUUUACUUUCAAAAUGAGCAAUAUGAUUUCAUUCAAGUCUAACAUUAGACUUUGCUGAAAUAUUAUCGGAUUUGUUUCCUUUUUUCACAAAUAAGAGAGGCUUUUAAUUUACUUCAAUUGUUUGUAUGGAAUCCUAUACAGGAAAUGGUUUAUGAAGAAAUAUAGAUUGAUUUGUUUUAAAUUGACCUAUAUGACACUGCUCUGCCUUCUAAUCAUGACAGUUUCCAUUGACUACAUAUGAAGAGAUAUGUGCAUUAUAAAAUAAACAAUUGUGCAUCAUUGACCAACAUUGCAGUUUAGCUUCUAGUCCUGAAAGUGCCUUACAGCAGUCUGAACAUUGAACAAGUGUGUCAGAGGCAAAGCUUCUGAUGAUGAUGAUGAUGA